UCUUUUCCUCCAUGGCGCGCGUACAAUCGCUGUUCACUUCCGAAUUUCUGGCAUCGGGAUUGGGUCCAGAGUUUUACGCCUUUUUAAAAAGAAUAACCGAGGCCAAGAGCAAAGCAGAAGAACAUUCGCAUGUCACGGAUGAACUUGGUAGUCUCUCAGCCAAAAUGGGGCUGCCUGAUGUUUCUUCGGCACGUAUGAAGGACUAUUUGAUACGGUUGAUCCACUGUUUUAUGCUCGGUCACAAUGUCGAUUUUGGUAUAAUUUAUGCAAUUAUGGCUUCACAAAGUGGCGAAACUGCUGCCGAGCGUAGAGUAGGCUACCUGGCAUGCACAUUGUUUUUAGGAGACAACGACGAUCUCGGAAUCAUGUUGAUCAACACAUUACAAAGAGAUUUGAAAAGCUCCAAUUUUUUGGAUCGUUGUGUUGCAUUAAAUGCAAUUUGCUAUUUGCACCAUGACGAAAUGACAAGCACCGUGCUUGAUUCUGUCAUUGCAUCGAUGGAUUUUCCAAAACAAAUUGUCCGACGAAAAGCAGUGAUGACACUGUUUUGCAUGUAUCAACGAUCCCCUGAUCUGCUAGACAGAGUGGAACCGUUCUUCCGUGGGGCACUUGUGGAUAAGGAUCAAAGUGUCGUCUUUGCUGGUUUAUCUAUAUGGAAGGAAAUUAUGUGCAGAGGUCAAGAAGAAGCAGAGCGUUAUGAGGACAUGCUGCCAGUGUUCAUACAAAUUAUGAACCAGAUCAUGAAAAAUCACGUACAUCGAUCAUUCCAUUACCAUGGAGUGACGGCACCAUGGGCGCAAGUUGCUUGCUUACAAAUACUAGGGGCCUAUAUUAAGCAUGGUGUUGGAUCUCAGCAAGAACUAUAUCAGCUUACAACCGAAUGCCUCUCACUCGUAGAACGCAAAGUAGAUGCAGCGUAUGCCAUUAUUCUCGAAUGUAUACGGCUGCUGAAUAGUAUGGAUACUUUGUUUCUCGAAAGUAUGAUAUCUGCAGAAGAUCGAAACCCUUUCCAAAUUCUGGAUGGGUUUCUCAGAUCAACGAAUCACAAUUUGAAAUACCUGGGAUUGCUUGGAAUAGAAGAAACAGAUCGAAACUUGUGGUGCGAGGAAUGGCGGGAUGGGACACUAUUGGCAGACGCAGUUGAAAUUGCUGGCAGUGACAAUACUCUGGUCUUCAAGGCUGUGGAUCUUUUAGACAGCAUCAUAGGCGAUACUUCCAUGCUGCGCGUGAUAUAUCCCAAAAUACAAAAAGCAGUGGAGAACUGUAGUACAACCUCGGCCAUUCAAGCCCACAUCUCUCGUUGGUUUCUUGAUAAGCUCGAUCUAGAGGGUGUAGAUGUGUGGUAUAUUGAAACCGCUAUAGCAAUACUGUCCCCGGUAAAGAAGACCAUAGAUGAAGAAUAUGUUUCAGCGAUAUGCGAUCGAAUGAAAAGUGAGCUCGAAGAUGAGAUUGAAUCAACAAAUUUUCGUGACGCGGCAGUGUCGUCUUUUUACAAGAUGUUGAAAAGCAAUAAUCAGGAUCAGAUAUCUCCUGCCUUACUUGAUCUGGCAUUUUCGACAUUGAGCGAGUACACGUAUCUUUGUUCAACGUGCACCGAAGCUGAUGUAAUGUGGCAGUUGCAAAAAUGGGCCGUUAUUUUAAAGGAUGACUUACAACAGAUCCAAGCUUUACAAGCAAUAAAGCACUGUAUGUCUCGAUCCAGAACGUGGCACGCCGACCUGAAAAAUAUAUUAAAUGCGUUCAGACGAUCGCCGAUGCAGGAAAAACAGACGAUCGCUUGCGAAAUGUUAGAUAUGAUUGUAGACUCUCAGUUUGAGAAGAUGCUUCAGGAUACCAACGUUACAUCUCUCGCGAUCCCAACAAAGCUUGUUGUCAAUCCUAACCGACCUCAGAAGCCAAGCCGGUAUCUCGACGAAGGAAAAGCGACAGACCCUCAGACUCUUGAUACUAUUACCGAUGUUCGAUCCUACUCGCCAGCAUCACUGCAGCAAAAGCGAUCACAACAACGGUUCGAUAAGGGAAAGUCUGUGCUCUCUCCACGUCAGAAAGCCGAUGAGGAGUCAAUGGUUGCAAGUCUAAUGGCAUUGGAACUCGAGCAAUCAACGGAGGAGCAACCAUUGGAAACCGAAUCUUUCGGGGAGCUGUGGCUGAAGUACGCAGCCGAGCACAAGACAAGUGUGGAGCAUUAUCCUAUGCAAACGAUAACGGAUCUGAUAUCGACACAGUGGAACUUUUAUAUUGUGCAAGUGAUUGGCCAGGAGCUUAUUGCUGCACAAGAAGGAGAACAAGUGUUGCUACAUGGAAACGUGACGGACUCAAGCGUCGAGCUGACCAUCAGAUCGCCGAACCGAUCUGUAUUAAAUCGUUUUCUUAGCACAUAUUCCAUAUAAACAGUAGACCCAUUGUAAUACUUCAUAAGCAAUCUCAUCAGAAAUUAUGCUGAAAUGAUUAGAAUAAACAUGAUCGCUUUUACACAGAACGAGGCAGC